CACACACACACACACACACACACACACACACAUAUAGUAUAUAUAUUUUAACAAUGUAUUUCUGUCCAUAACAAUAACACCGGACUGGAGAAUUUGGCGCGGGUAAGCGGAGACCCAUCUUUUGGACACAUCCCACUUGUGAGUGCGGAAGGCGGCCGGAUGCGCCGCCAUGCCCGACUAGCAAACGGAAUAAUUUAUUCAUCCACGGACCUGCCUGGAGGGAGAACGUGCGAGGAGUUCACUGGAGGAGUGACGGAGCAGGGCACUUUUGUGUCGAGCCAGAGAGAGAGAAGCAGCUCUGAGGCACGGACACAUAACACGGUGUACGGUGUAUGCGGCUCUGUUGAUAAUAUACUGUGGUUGGCGUUAGCCACGCUAACGUUAGCUCCGGUGGAAAGUGAAUGGUGACAGUCGGAACGACUGGAGGCGUGGGGAGCUGCUGAGGUGAUUCACAGAGGCUUCCAUGUGUGCAUCAAUAUUUGGACAAUAGUAAACAUAGAAAUGUCGGUAGACGAGGGGAUGAAUAAUGGCAAGACAGGGUCUGGUUUAACUCCGUCUCUGCAGCUAUUGGGAUGCACUGCAGCCUGCAACAACAUUUCCGUCAUGACGGAGGUGAAACUGUCUGCUGACAGAACAGACAGUUCAGACAUCACCGCCAACUGUCCCUUAGCUGCCAGCUUGGUCCUGCCAAACAAUACGAGUUUGAUAGCGACUUGCCCCAACUCUGAGAAGUUGUGUCAGAAACCGGAAGGAGAUGAAAACCACAUAAAUCACAGCAGUUCCCUGCAAACUUCAAAACAACAACAACAACAACAUCAGCCACCCCCAGCACAACCACCACAACAACAGCAUCAGCCGCAGACGAAGUUGUCCAAGCGCAGGAACACGGCCAAUUUUGGUUUCAACCACCCCGCGUCGGGAAAGAGACGACGGAGGGCCAACUCCGAGAGCGACUCGGUGCUUCCCUCUAAAUUCCUGUUGGGCGGGAACAUCUUCGACCCCCUGAACCUCAACAGCCUGCUGGACGAGGAGGUGAACAAGGCUUUGAAUGCGGAGACGCCCAAGUCCUCGCCGCUUCCCUCCAAGAACCGAGAGCCGGUGGAGAUCCUGAUCCCGCGGGACAUCACCGACCCGCUGAACCUCAACAGCGGCGUUCCCGACAGCAACGUGCUCGUGUCACCGCUCAAGAGUGGCGGGCGCAGGAGGAACCGCAACAGACACCAUGGAGGAGGAGGAGGAGGAGGGGGAGGUGGUGGAGGUGGUGGAGGUGGGACGGCGGUACAGCAGCUCCACAUGUCAUCAGAUUCAGGAAAGGGCUCCGAAGGGAAACCCGCCACAGGCAUGGACGUCGAGCCGAGCCCCGCCGCCCCCGCCCCCAGUGAACCCAGUGCAGCCAUCGCAGAGGAGGCCCCCAUUGCCGCUAAAGAGCCCGCCUCGCACGGCGCCAAGGAGGACGUGCCGCCCUGCGCCACAGAGCAAGCGCAGAGCUCCCACGACGACACUGUGACGUCGCCUGCUCUGCCGGCCGUGACCAAUCAGCCCGCCGGCAGGCGGAGACGCCGCCGCAACUCGGGGAAAACGGAUCUCCCCGUGACGUCGUGCGGCGCGGUCACCAAACAACACGGACCCAGACCUCCGGCGACCCAGGGCUUCAGCACGCCAAGGGGGGGCCCCAAGACCGGAAAUGGGGGGCAGCAGCAACAACAGCACCACCACCACCAACAGCCCUACAACCAGCACAAGCCGCAGCCGACUAAGUUCCAGUACGGCAACUACAACAAAUACUACGGCUACCGCAACCCCGGCUCCAGCGAGGACCCCCGCCUCCGCGUGCUGCGCCCCGAGUGGUUCCGGGGGAAGGACGUGCUGGACCUGGGCUGCAACGCCGGACACGUGACCCUCUACGUGGCAAAGGUGCUGCGGCCGGCGCGCAUUCUGGGCGUGGACAUCGACGGCGGGCUGGUGCGCGCGGCACGCAAGAACAUCAGACACUACCUGUCUGACCUGGAGACCCGGCAGGCCCGGGGGGAGGAGGAGGAGGAGGAGGGGAGGAGGAAGAGCCAGGGGAGCCAGGAGGGGGUGAAGGCAGCUGGGGACAAACAGGAGGAGCACAUGGAGGUGGGAGGCAAGGGGGAGAAUGGAGAGGCGGUGGUGGAAAGAGGAGGAGGAGGAGGAGGGGUCAGCCGUCACGCAGAAGAAGGGGCGGGGAAGAAGGAGGAGGAGCAAGAGAUGGAGGACCGGGGAACCAAGGAGCUCCGAGACGGAAAGGAGGAGCGUGAAGGGAAAGCGGAACUGGGGCCAAAAGAGGAGGAGCAGCAGAGGAAGGAGGAGCAGAGGAAGGAGGAGCAGCAGAGGAAGGAGGAGCAGCAGAGGAAGGAGGAGCAGAGGAAGGAGGGAACGAAGUGGGGCGCGGACGAGGUGCAGAAGGAGGAUCUUGAGAGCAGGAGGAGGAGGAGGGAGCUGCAGAGGAGCAGGAUGGAGGAGGUGGAGGUGGAGGACUGUGUAGAUCCCGCCGGCGGUCCUGGAGGCUGCCACUUUCCCCUGUCUCUGCGCACCAGGGGUCCCAUCGCGGCCCCUCCGCUCACGGAGCAGCCCCCCGUCCAGCCAGGAGAGUUCCCCUCCAACGUCUCCUUCCUCAAGGCCAACUACGUGCUGGAGUGCGACCGGCUGCUGCUCACCCAGCGGCCCGAGUACGACGUCAUCCUGUGUCUGAGCGUCACCAAGUGGGUGCACCUGAACUGGGGCGACGAGGGCCUGAAGAGGUUCUUCCAGCGGGCCUACCGACACCUUCGUCCCGGGGGCAUCUUCGUCCUGGAGCCCCAGCCCUGGGACACCUACGUCCGCAGGAAUAAGCUCACCGACGUCAUUAGCAAGAACUACAAGAGCAUUCGCCUCAAGCCAGACCAGUUCACCAACUACCUGACCACCGAAGUCGGCUUCGCCAGCUAUGAGUUCAUCGGAAUGCCUAACUCUUCAGCGAAGGGUUUCCAGAGACCGAUCUACUUGUUUCACAAAUGACCGCACUGCCUUGAAGAUCCUUGACGAUCAUUGAAUGUGAGUGAGCGACCCGCCCCUCCCCAACCGACGGACUAGGAUUAAUUACACCCGACCGAUACCGGACCCCCCGCAGAGCACACAGAUGGAGACCAGGACCAUGGGUGAUCAUUUUUACACAGAUCGAGUACCCUUAUCAAGAAUAAAAGGUUUCAAACUCUUUAUGAAAGGUGGGGAUCAACUCGAAAGGAUCUUUCCAGCUGUGGGGAGUUUUUUAGUAAUGAUCACCUUAACCCGAUUCCGUAAUGAGUGUUUCAAUGUUUUUAGUAUAUUAUAAUUACUCUACACAUUUGAUGUUUUUGUAAAUUAAGUUUUGGCAUGGCAUUGCUGAUGUUUUCUUGUUUUGUUUUGUUUUGUUUUGUUUGGUGUCAUCAGAACUAUUCCAGUCUUUCGAUCACAUUAAAUGUACAAAUGUAAAGAAAAAUUAUUAUUCGUUGUUGUUGAUCAAAGCGUAUCUUGGGUUCAUUAGAGGUGUCGGACAACACAAAGCGAAAGAUUUAUGUCUGAUAGAAUAACACUCAGACAUUUUAAAUAUUUUUGUAAUCUGACCCUCUGUCUACUUAUGUAGACAAGUUAUUCCUGUCGAUUGAGUGAUUGACAGUUCAAAUGCUCAGCAGGGAAUGACUAUAAAGAAUACAAAGGUGGUUUUGAGGUUGUUACUUUAUGGAAAUUAUUUAACAAUGUCAGGGUACGUUUAUCUGCAAUGUUUUUAUAUUUUCAUAUGUAAAAAAAAAUGUAACGUUUAAGUUAAACCCAUUUGCAUAACAUGAGUAAUUUGGUUAUGAUGACACCAAAGCAGGGGUUCAGCCAGCCAGCAUGGGGGGACCUUUAUGAUUAUUAAACUAGAAAACAUCAGCAAUGGGCUUUUCCUUUCCAAAGCAAAGCCAUAUCUAUCCUAUAUGAUAUCCCAUGAGAUCUCAAAGAUGUAUCAAUUACUCUGCAAAAGAUUUUUACAAAGACCUUGUCUUUAUACAGAGGUUAAAGUGUGAUCUGUUUAUUGGCUUUUCAUGAGUUCAGCCCAACGUUGGAAGUCCAGGUUUAAACUGUCACACACUGGAAGUGCUCCCAUGUUUAGCCAUGUUGUAUCCAACUGCGCUUUUAAUUUGCAAAUCUCCUCAAAUAAACUUUUUUUCUUUUUUAGGAAAAUCAAUUCAAACUCAUAUUUUGAAAAUCCAUUGGUACCGAUGGUUUUUAAUCAUUUGUUCGUUUUUGGGUGACUUGUUAAAGUGAGACGUUAUGACAGAGGUCACGAGGGAUCCUUUUUGUUUCCUUUUCAAGAAAAGUAAUUGAUGUAAUAAAGUUUUGUUUUAUAACUUUUGUUAUGCUUUUGAAUAUGUUUAAUUUUUUUUUCAUGUUCAUUUUCAUGUUCAUUUUCAUCUUAUUUUCAUGUUUGCUGCCAAUGUUGUAGGUCAGAGUUCUUGUACCAAAGCUUAUCCAGCUCUGUUAAUCAAUAUAUUACAUACAAUACUAAAUGCUUCCUGCCCACGGCAGUUUCUUUUUUUGGUUAACUCAUUUAACAAAGGGGUUAUCUGAAGACACUGAGUCUGGUAAAUAUAAUUUUCAGUCUGAUCUCUUUAGUAAUAAAAGUAAGCCUACCCUUUCAUAGUAAUUCUGACCAGUUCGAUUUUUCAUAUAUAAAUCAUAUAGACAAUGUAGGCCGCUCUUCCUCUGUUAAAUAGCAGAUUACAUUAUGUAAUUUACACAUUUAAGUAUAUGAUAUUUUGAUCUGUCUGUAGAGUUUAUCAAACCCCUAGUCAGGGUAUGCACCCAAAUUUAAGACAAUCCGAUUCUCAGAUAAAUUUAGUGCCCUAUUUUUGCCUACAAUUUUCAUAGCUUUUUUUGUUUUAUUGCAAGACUAACUGUUUUAUGAAGCUCAUUUUGAUAGCUUCCAGAACUGUUCUCAUGUUCCUGGUUGGAUUAUUCAGGAAGGCCAAAUGUGAGAUGGAGCAGGUGUUCAUUUGAGUGUCAUGUAGUCUUCAUGGUUGUUUAAAGAGAAAGAUAAAAUGUACUUUUAUCAAUCCAAGAUGGAUUAAUAAAGAGGUUCUUUGCACUGAUAAGACUGUAGAUGGCAUUUAUGAAUUGACAUUUUCUGCGUAAUGUGGCAGUUUAUUAGCCAGACAACAUUCUGAAUUUUAGCAACCUGAUAGCUUGAUUGGUUAGAAUCCAGAACCGUACAAUUAAAUGGUCUUUGUUUAACUCAGAAAUGUCAAUACAUAAAUCCUGUCUACGGCAGUUAACGACUGCGCUUCAAACAAGCACCUUAACCUGAUGAAAAACAAUUAUUUUGGGAGUCUUUUAGGUAAACAUGUUUUUAUUUACAUGCCUCAAAGAGUCUUUUAAUUACAAAUUAUUAAAAUGAUCUCCUGUGUAA